AUGUCACAACGUUUCAUGAACAUCGUAGCGGCACAUUUCGUCCUCAGUGGAAGAAGCGAGUUCAUCCAUUCACCAAUCAUUUCGGCAAGGCGAGCUGUCAGCGCUCACCUCAAUCUCUACGCACGGAGAAGGUCCGCUCAGACUUCCGAACUGCACACGACGGUAUUUCGCCUUGCUUCAUCGUCGAACAAGACAGCUAGGCGCAGCAAUCCGGCUCCUGGUAGCGGUGACACAACAUCUGCCGGUCCCUCGCGCUCAUCCUCCAAAGCGGGACCGAGUGGGGAGGCAUUGGAUGAGGCCAAAGGUGUCGAGACAUCGAGCACGUUAGGCAGCUUGGAGCGCAAGCCAAGUUCAGCAUCACAAGCAGCUUCAGCCGCAACAUCACGGAGUGCCGCAGCCGAUGAACAGGAUAUUCAUGGGGUUUCUGGAAAUGUAGGCCGCAAUAAGGACCAAAGUCAGCCGAGACAGGCGAAACGGAGAAGGCUGCCGCUGAUACUGGCUUUGCUGGUGACAGCUGGUGCUGGACUGUAUGGCGUGGACGAGUAUCUGAAUGCUAGGAUCUUGCAAAGGAACAUCAGGACACUUUGGUGCGGACUUACCAUAGCUCUGGACUACAAGUAAGUGAACCUGGUUGAAUAUGGACACAGUGGGGAAGCUGGUAUCUCAGACGAUAACUGGAAAGUCAGACAGGCAAUACUUUGAUACCUUGCCGUUGUGCUCAAUGCUGAGGCGCUCUGCGUCUGGCUCAUGCUUUGACGAAGUCCUACGACUGCACGGCUCGAGAGCACCUACUCGAUCUUCAACUGUCACUGAUCUCACGAUGCUUCGUCCCGAUCGCAGAAUCAAUUUUGACCCUAAGAACGCAGAGAGCGUCGCAGCCCUACACGAGCGGUGUGCGGACCGCCUUCUAGCAGUCUGCGAUGAGAAUCAAGGUUUAUACACCAAGUUGGGGCAGGCAGUAGCGAGCAAUAGCUUCAUCCUUCCGAAGCCGUAUGCUCAACUUAACAGAUUGUUGGAUGACGCCGAGAGGAUGCCUUGGGAGAUCGUCAGGAAGGUUCUCGAGGGCGAGCUGGGGGACCGGCUCGAGCAGGUGAAAAUCACGCUCCCGCUGCGCGCCACGCUUGUCGCACAUGCACUCACACCUCCCUCAUUGACCCCUUAGGUCUUUGAAAGCAUCAACGAGAAGCCGAUAGCGGCGGCCUCGAUAGCCCAAGUGCACCUGGGCAUCCUAAGAGGGAAUGGUGACGAAGAGUCCCGCAAGGUCGCGGUCAAGGUCCAACGGCCGCAAAUUAGGGCACAAGCGUACUGGGACCUGUUGUGUUUCCGCAUCCUCUUGCGUUUUUAUGAGCAGAUUUUCGAGCUCCCGCUGUCGUAUUUUGGGCAGUACAUUUCUGACCAGGUGCGUAGGCACGGGAGAAUCGAUCGUGCCAUAAUGAGACUGAAAAUUGCGCCGCUUCGCUUCGUAGAUUCUGCAAGAAACUUCUUUCGUCCACGAAGCGGAGAACUCGGAGCAACUGCGCAAGUACAUCGCUACGGAUCCUCUCAAGCUUGUUCGCGAUACCGUAUCGGUGCCUAAGGUAUAUCGCGACUUGUCGGGGGAGCGCGUGCUCGUGAUGGAGUACGUGUCUGAUGCCGUCAAGAUGACGGAUCAGAAGGGGAUGGAAAGGCUAGGUCUGUCCGUUAGAGAUGUAGCAAAGUCGGUUUGUGAAGUUUUUGCGAGUCAAAUCUUUCAGUACGGGCUCGUGCAAGCAGACGGACACGCUGGCAAUAUUCUCGUUCGGAGAAACCCGCAGUAUGAGAACGCCAGCAUCUUCAGAAGUGCAGCCAAACCCAAGCAUCAGGUGAUUCUGAUCGACCACGGGCUCGUCAUCCCUCUGUCAGAGGACUUUAGGAGGCAGUACGCCAAGCUGUGGAAAGCCAUCUACCAGGUCGACUUGCCGACAUUGGAAAAGAUCACUCAGUCAUGGGGCAUGGGAGAGGGGUCGUCGGAGCUUUUUGCGAGUGCUACAUUGAUGAAGCCCUGGAGCAAGCCCAAGACGGAAGCAGAAAAAGCAGAAGCUGCAAAGAAACGCGCACAGGAUCCUCGGUCGGAUGCGGACAUUCAAAAAGAGCGCAUGAAGAGCUUCCUCGUCCAAGUGGAGCUGACACCCAAAGAGUUGAUCUUUGUUGGUCGGUCUAUGCGCAUCAUUCAAGCCAAUUGUCAGGUGCUUGGAUCGCCGGUCAAUAGGCUCAACAUUCUGGCUAGACACGCAGCCUCCGCCCUCGUAUCCCCGAAGAGUCCGAGUUUUAAAGAACGUGUGGACAGUCUACGCUUCAAGACUGCUUUGUUCAUCAUUGACGGCGCUUUCUUGACCUCCCGUUUGGUUCACUGGUUGUCCCUCUUGUUCAGAAAUCCCCUGGGAGCACUGGGUCUACGAGAAUUGGCACCGACGGAGAAGCGCAAAGGUUUAGAGGACGACUUGGCACGUGGUAUGCAAGAGAUGGGAGAGGAGUAUGGCUUGGAUCUGUCGGACGCAUUUGAGAUGGAACAGUAG